AUGAAUUCGGCGCUGCCACAGAGCGGCGUUAACAACCAGCUACCUCCAGCUCCAGUCCCGGCAGAUGCUCCAGAAAGCAGCGUCGAUGGAACAAAACCAGCCAAGCGAGGGCGACGAAGCAACCCCAAAGUCAAGACUGGAUGCUUGAACUGCAAACAGCGACGCAUCAAGUGUGAUGAGAAGCGUCCGUCUUGCUCGCAAUGCAUCCGUAGCAAAAAAGAGUGCGUCGGCUAUCCGCCCCCCAGCCGAACGGCCAUGUCUGCCGCCGCCGAUGUCCGCAUUGCGCCGAAGCCUCUGGCUCCUCCGUCGGCCGGCAUGCCGCAUCUACAACCGGCGCCAACCGGCGGCAUGGCCAGCAUGGCGGGUGCCUCAACCACGGCCAGCCUCUUGCUGACCGGCCACACGAUUCUGCUGCCUCCGCGCAGAGCGAAUCGUCGCAAGCGCCAGGCCAAUCCCGCGGUCGCUGGCGGCGCGGUGCCCCUGCUGUAUGAGCCGUCUCACAGCCUGGCCCUGAUGCAUACCGAGAGCUUGUACUUUGACCUCUUCCGGGUGCAGACGGCGUCAGAGCUGUCUGGGUACUUUAACAUGAAUUUCUGGACGCAGCGCCUUCUCCAGGAGUGUCACUUCGAGCCUUCCAUCCGGCACGCCGUGGUGGCUCUAGGUGCCUUGUAUAAGACGCUCGAGCAGUCGUGCGAGCCUGAUUCAGCGCCACUCCCUGGUGCCAUGAGCCGGAUGGAGUCUGUCAUGUGUCAUUGGCAAGUUGCCGUCAGGAAGUAUUCAGAGGCUUGCAACGCCAUGCUUCUUCUCAGCGGAGACAAGAUAUCAACCAACAAGACCCGGCUGAUGGCCAGCGUCCUAUUGGCCUGCUUCGACUCCUUUAUUGGCGACCAUAGGCAGGCCAUUGUUCAGAUCCAGACCGGUUUGCGCCUUCUGGCUCGUAUUCAGCAUGACCGGGCCCAAAAUCCCCAUCAAAGUGAACGGGUUGAGGAGGACCUCCUGGUCAUCUUCACACGAUUCGCCAUCCAGGCCAAGUCAUAUGACAUGGCCUUCCACUUCCCCCAUCCCUAUGUAAUUCAGUUAGGCCCUCAGAGCUUGAACGAUCCAUCUUCUCCUCUCUCAGAUUCAGGCUCGCCACAGCCAUCAAGUCCCAUCCCGCACGAGUUCGCAUCUCUGCGAGAAGCACGCCUUGCUUCCGAUCAGCUCUGCGAAAUGCUGCUCAGGUUCAUUGAGCACCUGCAGGCUGCCAGAAGAGAACCGUCGUACACAUUACCGCCGUCUUGGCUACAGCUGGGCUCGACGUUCCAAGCUCAAAUCGAUUCUUGGACCAAGGCUUUCGAACCCAUCUUCCAAUCACGGCUGCAGCCUGGCAUAGAUCUCCUGGAGAAAUCGGCCAUCUCGGCGUUGAAGAUGUUUCACAUGAAUACCCAGAUCGUCUUUUUGACCAUUUUCUGCAAGACAGAAGUCCAAUUCGACAACUUCCUCCCACACUUCAAGGAGAUUGUCAGCCUAGGAUGGGAGGUAGUUGGCGACGAUGAGAAGCGAGCAGCCCCUGAUCGCUGUCCCGACCCGCAAAGAUGCCAGCAACAGCACACCCACAACAGAACAUCCCACACCCACAACAUCAAGCCCAGCUUCUCCGCAGACCUCGGCAUCGUAACGCCCCUCUUCGUCGUGGCCACCAAAUGCCGAGAUCCCGUCGUCAGGAGAGAAUCCAUCCGGCUAUUGAGGAGCAGUGCCCGACGCGAGGGCAUGUGGGACAGCGAGCUGGCAGCCAACAUUGGCCAGUGGAUCAUGGAACUCGAGGAGGCUGACGCCUUCCCAGACACGCGCCAUCAACAUGAUGAUGAUGUGAAGCCUCAAGUAGCCCAUGCAGACAAACCGGCGACGCCCGCGAUUCCGGAGGAAAAGAGAGUCAUGGUGCAAUCUGUCGAUUUCGACCUGCGCGCCAGGUUUGCCGACUUGACGGUGGGCUCACGAGAUGCGCGCCAAGGGAUGCAUGACCAACGACAUAGGACAACCCGAAUUUCGUGGUGA